AUGAGCAACCACGCGCUUGUUUACGGCGCUUCCGGUAUCUCAGGGUGGUCUAUUGUUAAUGCCAUCCUCAACGGAUAUCCCUCCAAAGAUGCCUUCUCCAGAGUCACAGCUAUGGUCAAUCGGCCACUGACACGUGAGAUGGCUCUCUGGCCCGACGACCCUAGACUCCAAAUCGUAUCUGGUGUCGAUCUAGUCAGAGGAACGCAGGAGGAGCUGGAGGAGCAAAUCAAAGAGAAGGUCAAGGACGUCGAGACUGUGACACAAGUGUACUUCUACUCAUACAAGCAGAUCGAUGACCCCGACUCCGAGUGCAAGACCAAUGAAGCCAUGCUCGAGCGUGCCGUGACUGCGAUCGAUCAUCUUUCAUCCAAAUUGUCAUACGUAGUUCUUCCUACGGGCACCAAGAUCUACGGCUGCCAGAUGCUCGACAAGUUUCCAUUUGCGGAUGCGCUACCACUCAAGGAGACAUUGCCACCGAUUCCUGAGCCAUAUCUCUCACAACUUUUCUACUACAACCAGAUUGAUUGCUUGAAACGCAUCUCCAAAGGAAAGAACUGGAGUUGGUGUGAGGUCCGACCAGACAACAUCAUUGGAUUCGUACCAAAUAACAACGCAUACUGCCUCGCGCAAACGCUUGCCUUGUAUCUUUCGCUCUAUCAAUACAUUGAGGGCGAAGGCGCAAAGUGCCCGUUCCCUGGUACUGAGAAAUCGUGGGUGAACAAGUACAAUGAGUCUCCGCAAGACAUGGUCGCGCACUUCUCGAUCCAUGCGUCUUUGAACCCAGAGAAAACUGCAUCACAGAGCUUUAACGUGGGUGGUCAAGAAGACAGCUGGAGCGGCAAGUGGCCGAUAAUCUGUGAUUGCUUUGGUCUAAAGGGUACUGGACCUGAAGAGGGCUCACCUCAGCCUGGAGCGUACAUUGACGCGCACAAGAAGGAGUGGGAGGAGCUAGAGAAGAAGCACAACCUCAAGAAGGGCAGCGUAGAUAGCGAUAUCACGCAUCCGGGAUUCCAGUACUUCAUCAUGACGAUGUUUGAUUUCGACCGCCAGAUGAUGAUCCUACUCAUCUUUGGCCUUCCCCACAGACAACCCGGCGCGAACCUCAACCUCCCACUACGCAUACUACCACUUGGCGACGCAACAACAUGGGGCUGGCAACCAAACCAAGAGAAUGGAACAGACGGAUAUCGCGCGCGACUGCUACGUGAGCUCGUACGUGCGCGUUACCACUCGGUUGACUUUGUUGGCACACAGCACUCUGGGUUCAUGGACAACAAUGACAAUGAGGGGCAUGAGGGGCAUACAAUUAGCCAGCUGCAGGGCGUAAUGAGAGACGGGCUACAGAUGCGACCAAACUUGGUGCUGCUACACAUUGGCACGAAUGAUCUGGCUCGCCCUGAAAGUAUAGCAGAAAGAUGGUCUGAUGCGCCGAAUCGAUUAGCAAGUUUACUGGAUGAAGUGCUGGAUGUAUGCCCGGAUGCCGUUGUGCUCGUUGCAAAGAUCAUACAGGCAGAGAAGAUGCAGACCAGGGCAAAUAUCGAGGCCUUCAACGAUGCAGUGCCUGUGGUGGUGAGGAAGAAGCUUGAACAGGGCUUCAAGCUCGCGGUCGUCGAUCACAGCAUCAUCGGGCCUAGUGAGUUGGUUGAUGGGUUGCAUCCGUCGUACGCUGGGUAUUUUCACAUGGGGGAGAUCUGGCUGGAGGCUAUCAAGACCAUCAGUGCUCAAGGGCUAAUAACACCGCCUAUUGCGGUACAGUACCACACAUGA